GAGAAACAUCCGGGUAUAUUUCCACCGAAAAAAAGAACCGGAUGAGAGACGAGGGUUAAUGAAUUUAGUGUCUAAGUUAACUACAGCGAUUUAAUCGGACAUAUAAUUCGUUUCUUGGGUGAAAUGGCGGCAAAUGAUGCCGAUUUCAAUGACUGUCUGUCUGGAAAAUCACAGACCGAUGAAGAUCGUCGAAGAGUGGGGCCGGAAAUUACUAAAACAUCCAGGAACUCGAAACAUUCACGCUCCAGAUCACGCUCGGGGGACCGAAAACGAAAGUCAGGAGUCAAGAGGCACAGACGAAGCCGGAGCAGAAGCAAAGAGGCACGGAAGAAGGACUCGGAGAAAGCUCUGAAAUGUCGAAGUGGAUUGGAGGAGCAGCUGGAUUCGUCAGAUAAAGGCCGUGAUAGGCUGUCUGAAGGCAUGGAGGAGGGACACCGCCGUAAAGAGAGAAAGUCCAUCAGGACAAGAAGCAUCUCAAGAUCACGCUCAAGGGAAAGACGACAUCAUAGUCGAAACCGGGACAAAAGAAGAUCUCGCUCACGCAGCGGUGACAGGAGAUCUAGGAGUCAUGAGAAGAAGAGACGGGCCAGAUCUCGAUCAAACUCAAUCAAAAGAAGCAAACACAGACAUUGCAGCAAGAGCCGCAGCAAGAGCAGGGAAAAGAAGAAGAGGAUGGACAAAGUGAAGAAGAAGAGUCGAAGUGGGUCAGUUAGCCCUGUGACCUUCAGGGGCAGGAACACAGCCAUGGAUGCCCAGGAAGCUUUGGCCAGAAGGUUGGAGAGAGCAAAGAAGCUUCAAGAACAAAAGGAAAAAGACUUGCUGGAAAAACAGCAACAAGAUAAAGCAGCAGUAGCAGCUCCACUGAUGUGUGAUACAGUCACCGCCGCAGCCAGUCCAGCCCUGAACGUUGCUGCACUGCUUGCCUCUGGCACACAGGUCACACCGCAGUUUGCUAUGGCUGCUCAGAUGGCAGCGCUUCAGGCCAAAACGCUAGCAGAGACUGGCAUUGCUGUGCCAGGCUACUACAAUCCCUCAGCAGUCAACCCAAUGAAGUUUGCCGAGCAGGAGAAGAAAAGGAAAAUGUUGUGGCAGGGGAAGAAAGAAGGGGACAAGUCACAGACAGCUGAGCUUUGGGAGAAGCUUAAUUUUGGAAAUAAGGACCAAAAUGUUAAAUUUCGCAAACUGAUGGGCAUUAAAGGUGAAGAAGAAGGUAGUUCAUCAGGAGCAGUUAAUGAAGAAGGUCUUAGGACCUUGCAGCAUCAGGAGGAGAUGUUCCGCAACCUGGAUGUGCAGUAUGAGAUGGCACGCUCGCAGACACACACACAGAGGGGGAUGGGCCUCGGCUUUUCCUCCUCUUUUUCCUCAAGGGGCAUGGAUGCCAUCUGAACAUUCUGUAUUCUGUAAAAUCUCAUUGGUUUGACGGCCCUAAAGCUGGUUUGUAGAGAAUGCUGCCGCAUUAGCUUGCAUGGGUAUUGCUUUCAUCAGAAGUCAUUUAUUUAGCAUCCAGUUCAAUCUAGGAAGAAUUCAUAUGUAAAUACAGUUGAUCGCUCAAGCGUGUAUUGUUGCUUGGUCUCUAAAAACUGUGUUUGAUAUUGCCAAGCUUUCUGUGGGAUUUAUGGUUGGGAAUGUGAUUGUAUUUUGUAUUAAAACCGUCUGUUUACAGUUGUAUUCUUUCGCAGUCUGAUGUUAUGAUAUUACAGAUAUAGCAAGUGCUAAUGACAAACUAUUAUGCACCAACAUUGUUGGUAUAAUACCAAGUAUUCAGGCAGAGUAACAAAUUCACCCAAAAGAUCUGUGUAUCUUGAUACUUACAGAAUCCUGUGAAAUGAAAAUUUGACAUUCAAGAUAAAAUUCUAAUUGAAGCUGAAGAUUCCUGAUAAAAAUGUCCAAGGGUUGUAAAUGUUAUUUUUGUCAUUCAGGCUACAAUUAAGCAAUGUAGUACAAAGGCCAAGCUAAAGGGGUAAGCUGUGCCACUUUUUUUUUUUUACAUUUAGUUAGGUAAGGAGGCAGAUGUUGGUGUGUUGGUUAUUAAAACAAAUACACUUAUUUAUAUUUCAGUGUGAUGUUAAGUUUAAUUAUUAGGUA